GAGAGAUGGCUACCACAUCCAAGGAAGGCAGCAGGCGCGUAAAUUACCCAAUCCUGACAUAGGGAGGUAGUGACAAUAAAUAACAAUACUGGGCUCUUUCGAGUCCGGUAAUUGGAAUGAGAACAGUCGUAAACUCCUUGAACGAGGAUCCAUUGGAGGGCAAGUCUGGUCCGCGGUAAUUCCAGCUCCAAUGGCGUAUAUUUAAGUUGUUGCAGUUAAAAAGCUCGUAGUUGGAUUUUGGGUGGGAGGGGUUGGUMCGCUCUUGCGGGCGUGUACCGGCCCUUUCGCCUUUCUUGCUGGGUAUGCGUUCCUUGCCUGUAUUGGCUGGGAUCCAGAGCCGGCSCUGUUACUUUGAAAAAAUUAGAGUGUUCAAAGCAGGCCUGUGCUCUGAACAUAUUAGCAUGGAAUAACGCGAUAGGACUCUGGUCCUAUUUCGCUGGUCUUCGGGAUUGGGGUAGCAUUUGCCAAGGACGUUCUCAUUAAUCAAGAACGAAAGUUGGGGGAUCGAAGACGAUCAGAUACCGUCCUAGUCUCAACCAUAAACGAUGCCGACUAGGGAUUGGCAGAUGUCCAUUGGAUGACUCUGCCAGCACCUUGUGAGAAAUCAAAGUUUACGGGUUCCGGGGGGAGUAUGGUCGCAAGGCUGAAACUUAAAGGAAUUGACGGAAGGGCACCACCAGGCGUUCCCUGGAAGGGGACGCCGAAGAGGGUGACAGCCCCGUCGACCGCCGGACCCUGCUGCACAACGAGGUGUUGUUCAAGAGUCAGGUUGCUUGGGAUUGCAGCCCCAAUUGGGUGCCAAGCGUUCAUAGCGACGUUGCUUUUUGAUCCUUCGAUGUCGGCUCUUCCUAUCAUUGUGAAGCAGAAUUCACCAAGUGUUGGAUUGUUCACCCACCAACAGGGAACGUGCGCUGGGCUUAGACCGUCGCGAGACAGGUUAGGGGUCUCCCCUACCGGCCUCUCGGCGAUCUCGCCUCUUCGCUUGUUGGGGAAUGUGAGCUGGGCUUAGACCGUCAUGAGACAGGUUAGUUUAACCUUACUGAUGCACCGCGGUCGCAAUGGUAAUCCAACCCAGUACGAGAGGAACCGUUGGUUCGCACAAUUGGCAAUUGUGCUUGGCUGAAAAGCCAGCGGUGCAAAGCUACCGUGCGUGGGAUUAUGACUGAACGCCUCUAAGUCAGAAUCUGUGCUUGCAGCGACGGCGUAUGCCUCCUCAGAUGACGCAAGGUUGUCGAUAGGGCCAGCCCGUCUGGCCCCGAAAGCAUAAGUUCGGAGUUGUCCCUCCUGCGGCGGAGCACCGACGCCCUGGGGGUCUCUUCAUCGCAAUUUCUUUCGCUCGGGGAGUCAAACCCUUUGCAGACGACUUAGACAGGGAACGGGGUGUUGUAAGCAGU